CGCACCUCGGGCAGACGCUCGAUAUAACGAGCCGCGCGUGAACCGGAGGCGGCCGGAGUCUCCCCACGCCCCCGCCCAGCAAGUCCUUUUUCUGCAGAGAUGCAAAGAAAUCUGGAGCGAACGGGACCAUGAAUUCUGCACAUGCGCAGUGGCAGAGAAUUCUCCCAGGAGCAAUAUUAAUGACAGUACUGUAAAAUUACAUUGCAGGGGGGAAAAACAAAUACAAUCAGAUACUAUGCUUCCCGCCCUCCCCCUUGCAGGCUUCUAGUAAUAUGCAACAAGUGGAAACAACCUUCUGUAGCGCCAUCUUAGCACUUCACCACUGGUGCAUUGUCAAUAUCUAUCAUAUUUGGAAGAAGGAAAUCUACCUUGUAAACACAUUGAUUGUGGUAGCAUCACUAUUUUGGUAUCCUGGGAAGUAAGUGAGUACAGCAUGAUUGCCUUUAGUAAUGUGUUUGUACUUGAGGAGUGCAGAUUAUGAACUUCUCAUACCGGACUUUCACAGACCUGCCUCUCCUUUCACACAUUAUCUGUAAAUUUUAUUAAAACCAUGGUAAUCCCAUCAUCCCUGAAGAACUGUUUUCAGUUAUUUUAUGUCCUCAAGAUUUCAGCAGCUGGCUUCAAGUAUACAGCAAACAGAGGACUCAUUCUGCAGUCUGUUUCUAGUGAUGUUUACCAGAAUUUGGCUGUGGAAGAUUGGAUUCAUGACAACAUGAAUUUAGAGAACAGACAGGUUCUUUUCCUUUGGAGAAAUUCUCCCACUGUGGUGAUUGGGAGACACCAGAAUCCCUGGCAAGAGUGUAACCUCAAGAUAUUGAGGAAGAAGAACAUAAAACUGGCUCGAAGGAGAAGUGGGGGCGGAACAGUUUACCAUGAUCUGGGCAAUAUCAAUUUUACUUUCUUCACAUCCAAGAAAAAAUACGAGAGAAUGGAAAACCUAAAAUUAGUUGUUAGGGCUCUAAAAGGCUUGCGACCCCAGUUAGAUGUGCGUGCCACAGACAGAUAUGAUCUCUUGCUAGAUGGGAAUUUUAAAAUCUCAGGUACUGCUGCAAAGCUAGGAAGGACUGUUGCUUAUCAUCACUGCACUUUACUAUGCAGUGCAGAUAGGUUUAUUUUAUCUUCUGUACUGAAGAGUCCUUACAAGGGGAUAAAAAGCAAUGCCACUCCUAGCAUGCCUGCUUUAGUGAAAAAUCUCUUUGAAGAGGAUCCUACUUUAACAUGUGAAAUGGUCAUGGAUGCUGUUGCUGCAGAAUAUGCAAGAUGCCAUCAAAUUGACCAUCAUAUUACCCUAAUAAACCCAGCUGAUGAGAUAGUGUUUCCUGGAAUUAAUAAUAAAACCAAAGAACUACAAACCUGGGAAUGGAUAUAUGGCAAGACACCAAAAUUUAGUAUUAGCACUUGCUUUAACAUGGUGUAUGAACAGUCUCUCCUUGAAGUUAAAGUGGAUAUUCAUGUAAAGCAUGGGAGAAUUGAAGUUUGUAACAUAGAUUUGCCAGAGCAGUGGCUGCCACCAGCAAUGUGCAAUGAACUAGAGAAAAACCUAAUUGGCAGUAAGUUUUGCCCCAGUGAAACCACAGCAUUAGCAAGUGCGCUGCUGAGAAUAUGUCCACAAAACUAUGAGUUGCACAGCAAGUGGAGUCUCUUAUGUGAGAAUGUGAUGACACUAAUGUGAUUUUCAUAAUGAAAGUGUAAGUCACAUCUUUGAUACUAACUAGUGCAUGAUUUACUAAAAUUGUAAAAUAAAAUCUGGUUAUUUUCA